GCAACAAUUAAAAAAAGAAGAAAAAAUAGAAAAAAGAAAAAUUAGCUACAGAGAAUUCAUAACUCAUAACUAACAGUCUUCCCUCCAUUUCACUGUGAAUAAAACGAAGACAUUAGCUUUCUGCAUAUACUUGAAAAGUAUAAUUUCAUAGCUCUUAAUUCCUAAAUUAGCAGCUCUUAUUCUUAAUAAUCCACCAAACCCAGAUUUUGUGGAUGCUAAAUUUUGCUAAACACCUCCCAAAAUGGCCUCUCAUGAAACAAUACCACUUGUGUUACCAUUGCAAGACUCAACAUCUUUUCUUACUACAAGCACUGUUAUUGCUCUCUGUGUCUUCUUUGCUCUCCUUUGUGCUUGUAUUAUCAUAGGUCAUCUUCUUGAAGAGAACAGAUGGGCUAAUGAGUCUAUUACUGCCCUUAUUUUGGGAUUGUGUACUGGUGCUGUGGUUUUAUUGAUUAGUAAAGGCAAGAGUUCGCGGUUUUUAGUAUUUAGUGAGGAUUUGUUCUUCCUUUAUUUGCUUCCUCCAAUCAUUUUCAAUGCUGGCUUCCAGGUCAAGAAAAAACAGUUUUUCAAGAAUUUCACAACAAUUUUGUUGUUUGGAAUUCUUGGAACAGUAAUUUCAUUCUGCCUCAUAUCACUGGGUGCAUUUCUGCUUCUUAAGAGAACUGGCAUUGCACCUCUGAAUCUGCAAGAUAUCCUAGCUAUUGGUGCCAUAUUGUCAGCUACUGACUCAGUUUGCACGUUGCAGGUUCUGAGUCAAGAUGAAACACCAUUUCUUUACAGCAUAGUCUUUGGAGAGGGAGUAGUGAAUGAUGCUACCUCUAUUGUGCUUUACAAUGCAGUUCAAUCACUAAAUUUCAGCAACAUUGAUGCCACAGUAACCUUAAAGUUGCUGGGUAGCUUUCUUUAUCUCUUCUUCACAAGUACUCUUCUUGGUAUAGCAGCUGGUCUGUUGAGUGCUUUUAUCAUAAAAACGUUGUAUUUUGGAAGGCAUUCCACCGACCGUGAAGUUGCACUUAUGAUACUUAUGGCUUAUUUAUCAUACUUGUUGGCAGAGUUUUUAAAUCUCAGCGGGAUUUUGACAGUUUUCUUCUGUGGUAUUGUAAUGUCCCAUUACACUUGGCACAAUGUUACAGAAAGUUCACGUAUAACAACCAAGCAUGCAUUCGCAACAAUGUCAUUUCUUGCAGAAACUUUUAUUUUUGUGUAUGUUGGUAUGGAUGCCUUUGACAUUGAAAAAUGGAAAGGGAGCGAUGCAAGUGCAGGAACUUUGGUUGCUGUCAGUUCAACAUUUUUCGCAUUGGUAUUAAUCGGAAGGGCAGCAUUUGUGUUUCCUAUAGCAAAUAUUAUAAAUUGUGUUCAAAAGAGAGAAAGCACGAAAAUUGAGUUUAAACAACAGUUUAUUAUGUGGUGGGCAGGAUUAAUGAGAGGUGCAGUUACUAUUGCUCUAUCGUUUAAUCAGUUUUCAAACUCUGAGACGAUCCCUACUUCAGUUUCGGCACUAAUGGUCACAUGUACCAUAAUUGUUGUUCUCUUCAGUACAAUUGUGUGUGGCUCUGUGACAAAACCUCUAAUUGAAGCCGUGCUGUUAAGAAACAGAAAACCAAUGGUUUCAGAUGCAAGUGAUAUUCCAAGUCUAGAAGAUCUAAGGCUACUCUUUGCUGAAAAUUGUGAUCCGAAUGAGCGGGGAAAUAAUGCUAAAGCAAGUAGCUUUAGGUUGCUAAUGAGACACCCCGCCAUAACAGCCCACUACUUGUGGAGAAAAUUUGAUGACAGAUUCAUGAGACCAGUAUUUGGUGGGCGAGGAUUUGUUCCAUUUAUACCUGGUUCUCCACCAGAAGCAACUGAUGAAAAUUCUCCUGCCUGAACAAGGUCAACCUUAUUUUUCACUAAUUAAAUUUUGUUAUCAUCAAGAUAGAUACUCUUUUGUGCGGCUUCUACAAUGCAAUGUAUAAAAAAGGCAAUAAAAAUUAAAAACUAGGCAGGAUUGAUUACUCUCUUUUUUCUUUUA